AUGGUGACCGCACACAUUAACGGACAAAAGGCGGCGAGCUCGGAGCCGCUGCAGACGUCGCCCAUCAACCUCCAAACGGCGAGCCGCAUGACGACGACGGCAAGCAGCGGCCACCCCUACAGCCGCAGAGUAGGAGAGCUGCCCCACUCACAGAUGCUGGGAACACUCACUGCUGUGCCCAUAAAGGUGCCUCAGGUCAGCUCUCUGCACCGGCUGGCAGGGCAGGCGUCCACAGUGCUACCUCAGGUUAGGCCAAAGACCAUGAUCCCGGACAGCCUCCCGGUCAGCCCGUGUCAGCAGGAGCAGCAGUCCAGCCAGCCGGUGCAGCUGGUGCAGUCGGUGCAGCCGCUCAGCCUGAUGCGCAGCAGCCACAUGCAAAUGCCCGCUACGCCCAUUACGCCUCCCGGGGCCGUGGUGUCCACGGGGAGCGCCAGCUCCAGCUCCAGCCCGGGCGUGGCCUACGCCAUCAUCUCCACGCCAACCGCAGCCGCGGGCAACGGGGUGGCGGCAGUCAGCGAAGCGGUGAAGGUCCAGCCGCUGCUGUUCAGCACUGACAACAAGGUGAUCAUCAUCCAGCCUCAGCUCCCCAGCGGCUCGCAGGAUUUGCCAGCACCUCAGACCGACAGCCAAUCACAGUCCGAGUGCAGUUCCGCCCCCGCCUCACCAGCCAAGAAGAAGGAGGAAGUGGACCCUGAGAAAAUUGCCUUCAUGGUUGCACUUGGCCUGGUCACCACCGAGCACUUGGAGGAGCUCCAGAUCAAGAGGCAGGAGCGGAAGAGAAGAAGCACAGCCAACCCAGCCUACAGUGGCCUGUUCGAGCCAGAGCGCAAGCGUCUCGCAUCCAAUUACCUGAGCAAUCCACUCUUCCUAUCAGCAAGAGACCCAGAGGACUUGUGCUGGAAGGAGGAGCUGGAGCAUGACGACCACUGCGCCGUGUGUAAGGAAGAUGGCGAGCUGCAGCAGUGCCACACCUGCCCCCGCGCCUUCCACCCCGACUGCCUCCAUCCGCCUCUCAAAACGCCGCCCAAGGGUGUAUGGAUGUGCCCCAAGUGCCAGAAGAAGGUACUGAACAAAGAGAAUAUGGCUUGGCCACACAACUUUGUCCAGUCAUACGUUACACACAAAACAAUGAAAGAGGAUGAGAAGAGGAAACUGCUGCGGAGGAACUGUGAGCUGAAGAAGGAGUGCGCUCACCUGGAAGAGCAGGACAACAGGCUCAGCAGCUCCCUCACAAAAUGCAUUGACCUGAAGGACAGGCUGCUGGAUCAGCAGCGAGAGACCCAGGCCUCUCUGGAGCGACUCAAGGCCCUCAUCCGCCUCAUCCAGCGGGACCAGGUCAUCCAGGUCACCAUGACGGCCACCACCACCACCACCGCCGGCGCCUCGCUCCUGUCCCUGCCCUGGAUCAAGCCCACCAGCAGCGGCGGGGCUAACUCGCCUUCUGCCGCCACAGCUCCCCCUAUGGGCUCCAGCACGCUCCUGCAGAAGAGUCUGCCUCAGCCCCAAGGCAACAACUGA